UUCCUGGAGUCGGGGAACAGUCUCCGGACAGGAUGUGAGAGAGGAACUGGGGUCUCCAGUCACGGGAGCCAGCUGGGGCUGCAGGCGGGAAGGGAUCGGCUGCGGUCUCCCUCUCAGGAUGCGGGUCCCCCAGCCUCAGCCAUGGGGGCUCUGUCUCCUGCUCUUCCUCCUGCCCCGGACCCUGCGCGCAGACGGCCACCGCUCGCUCCUGUACCGCCUGACCGCCGUGUCCUCCCCGGCCCCGGGCACCCCCGCCUUCUGGGCCACGGGCUGGCUGGGGCCGCAGCAGUACCUGCGCUACAGUAACCUGCGGGGCCAGGCGGAGCCCUUCGGGGCGUGGAUCUGGGAGAGCCAGCUGCCCUGGUACUGGGAGAAGGAGACGGCCGACCUGAGGGGCAAGCAGGAGCUCUUCCUGGAGGCCUUCACAGUCCUGCAGGAAGGAGGUUCCUACAUCCUGCAGGGCCUGCUGGGCUGUGAGUUGGGCCCCGACAAUUCCACAGUUGCCGUGGCCACGUUUGCCCUGAAUGGUGAGGAGUUCAUGAAGUUCGACGUCAAGGCGGGCAACUGGGAUGGAGACUGGCCCGAGGCCCGGGCCAUUAGUCAGAAGUGGCAGAAGCAUGAGGACGCCGUGUGGCAGGAGAGGCACUUCCUGAUGUCCUCCUGCCCCCAGAGGCUGCGGGGCCACCUGGAGACCGGCCGCAGUAACCUGGAGUGGAAGGAGCCGCCGUCCAUGCGCCUGAAGGCCCGCCCCGGCGGCCCCGGCCUCUCGGUGCUCACCUGCAGCGCCUUCUCCUUCUACCCCCCGGAGCUGCAGCUGCGCUUCCUGCGGAACGGGCUGGCCGUGGGCUCCGGGGACAGCAACUUCGGCCCCAACGGCGACGGCUCCUUCCACGCCUGGUCCACGCUGACCGUGCGGAGCGGCGACGAGCACCACUACCGCUGCGUGGUGCAGCACGCGGGGCUGCCGCAGCCCCUGGCCGUGGGCCUGGAUUCACCACCCAAGUCCUUGGUGCCAGUGGUUGGAAUCGUCAUCGGCUUCUUACUGCUCAUGGCAGUGGCUGCAGGAGGAGCUCUGCUGUGGUGGAGGAUGAAGAGGGGGCUACCAGCCCCUUGGAUCCUUCUCCGUGGGGACGACCUCGGGGCCCUCCUGUCCACGGGCCCAAGCAAAGAUGCUGACCCUUAGGAUGUAAAAGCGUUCUCAGCAGCUGCCUGACCGUCCGCCGUGCUGGCUGUGACCAGCUGACGUAGGCAGGGCUCUUCCAUGCUGUGAGACCUCCCGGAAUCCUGAUGUUUCUGAGCCUCCAAAGGAGUCCGGGCCCGGUGUCCGCCCUCUGGAUUUUUCGUCCUGUGAUCAGCCUCAGUCUCCCCUCCUCAUAUAUAUGGCUCUUUUCCACAUUCGCAUAUAACAUGAGUUUGGGCCUGAA